AUGGGCAUCCAGGACAUUCUAACUGUUAUGGACUUACUGCGUACACUCCCUGCCACUUCUGUUGUCAAUGAGGCCUCCUUCAACCAGAUGAAAAUGACCAAGACAAACAGGAGACAGCGUUUGAGUAACAAGCACCUUGAUGAUUGCAUGGUUAUUCAGCUGGAGUCGACUGAUAUUUUGAACUUUGAUCCAACAGAAGCAAUUAAUAAAUGGAUGACAUCAAGUAAGCAGCCAAGAAGAUUGACCUACGCUAGAUCUACUUGCAACAAGAACAGCGAACAACAAGACGAAGACAUUAUGAUUCAGGAAGUGACACAGAAUGAGGAACCUAGGAAUACAACAGUUGCUGAAUCGGACCCUGAGACUGCAGAUGACUGUGACUACGAGACGGACUGUGACUCUGACAACGAACAGACAGAAGACUUUAAUGACAGAGCAAUUGAACAAACUGUGCAUGAAAUGGAAAUAGAAAUAAAUUAUUAGUCCGAUCUA